UCAGUGAGUGAACAGGUAAAUUUUGCACUGGCGUUUUGAGAUAUUUGUUAUUAGUUUUAAACAAUAUUUCAAAAUUUCAUAUUUUGUUCUUGAAAAAACAUCUUGGGGAAUCGGUGUUCAAGUUCGGAACAGUUUUCGUUGAGUUGCUCAGCAAAGUGACAGUAUGGCGACCACAAACAAUAAGAAAAUGUCAUUUUCUAUUGAGAAUCUGGCCAAAAGUAGCCGUACAGAGGAAACUCCCGCCGGUGGUCAUUACGGAACCUACUUCAUCAACAGAAACCCAUGGCAGGAUGGUGACGUCACAAAUCUGGGAGAUUUAUCUACAAGUAUCUUUUCUAGCCCAUAUUACACAAAUAAUGGACAAACAUCACCGUGUAUCUCACAAGGACAGUUUAAUUCUCCACUGAGAAACUUAAGAGACUCAUUUCGACUUAUUCCUGACGAUGGAUACUCUUCCCAAAAUAGUACGCCAUCUUUCUCCGAAAGUUGCAAGAAGCGCAGUCGCAUUGAUGAACCGAAAUGUGCCUCAACGCCCGUUAGCGGGAGUUCUUUGAAACGUAAGCGUACCGACGAAGGUUUGGAUAAACCUGGAGACAGGCGGAUUUCACAGCUACAGACUGGCAAUGAAAGUUUAAUAGAUUCAAGUUUCGAAUCUGCUUGUGGAACUUCAGAUUCGGAUGAAGGUAUUGGCGAAACUCCCCGACCAAAAAAGGCGAGAACAGCGUUUUCCGAUGACCAGGUCCAGGCACUGGAAGUUAGAUAUAAAUCCCAGAAAUAUCUACCGGCCGGGAAGAGGUCAAAAAUGGCCAAAGAACUCGGACUUACAGACCAACAGGUGAAAACUUGGUUUCAAAACAGGAGGAUGAAAGAGAAGCGAAAACAAAAAGAUGACUCGUUCCAGGGAGCCGUGCCUCUACCGACAGGUGGCGUUGAUAUAUCUCAGUUACAGGCGCUCGGAAUUCCUUGUCCCCCGCCGUACACAAUCAACAACAAACACCACCAAAUGAUGAGAGACGAUGGCAUUCCGAACUUCCCUUCAUCAGCAUCGAGUACCCUGUUCCGACCAACCCAGCACGUGCCUUUUCACUCAAAGUUUCAGCCAAUGACAAACAUCCUUGGCAAUUCGUCUGGCUUUCCAUGCCCAACCAAUCAACUCGAGGGUUACAGUUGACUACGGAAGUGAACAAUUUCGAUAUAUAUUUACAUGUUAUAUGUUGUAGAUUCUUGCAGUAUUGAUCCACAAAGUGCCAAACUCAAUAAAUUUUAUGUAUUAAUAUUUA